AUGGCAAGGGCGGCAGUUAGUGGCUUAGGGUCGCUGGCGGGGGACUUCUCCGGUGAACGGCGGCCCGAGCUGGCCCCAAUGGCGGCGGGCGAGCUUCCGAGGCCCGAGGGCAUCCAUGUCGGGCGCGAGGAGGAGGACGUCGAGGAGGUUGUUGGGCACGUCGCCGCGGACGAUGCGAUACGCGAGGCCCUCCACGACGGCCGUCUUGCCCACGCCGGGCUCGCCGAUGAGGAUGGGGUUCUUCUUGCUGCGGCACGACAGGAUGCGCACCACGCAGCGGAUCUCCUCGUCGCGGCCGAUGACGGGGUCCAGCUUCCCGGUCUGCUCGACGAGGUCACAGCCGUACGUCUUGAGCGCCUAGAAGUUGGUGUCGCCUCCCCGUCGCGGAGCUUCUCGAGCUCGGCACGCACCCGCCCCGCGGACACGCCAGCCACGAGGGCAAGCUCGGUGGCGGAGAGCCCCGGGAGGACAGUCACCCUAGCCGUGGCGAGGUGA